UAAUGUAGUUCUCAUGAAAAGUUAGUGUAAAUAUAGUCUCGACAAUUGAAAGAAGAUGAUUAUUUUGAAAUUGGACAGAAGAAAAAAGACUAUGGCAAAGCAGAUUACAAAGCUUGAAUUUGCGGUUGGAGAUAAGAAAGAGCAUGAAGAAGAAAACACAGAGAUCUCUGAAGUAAAGAAACAGCAGAGAGAAGAAGAUGAGAACAAAGGGAAGCAGGCCAAAGAUGACAAGUUGAAAGGAACAGAGAAGGUAAAAAAGCCACAAAGAGAAGAGGGAGAAGAAGAAAACAACAAAGGCCAGACGCCAGAAGAAGCAGCGACAACAGAAGAAGACAAGGAUAAUAACAUCAACCCUGGAGACUUGAAUAUUACAUGGGGCAAUGACCCAAGAUACUGGAAGCUACUAGAUAAAAGGUCAAAAAAUCCUGCAGAGCUAAUUGAGGUGUGUUGGCUUCAGGUAACCGGCACAAAAAGAGUAAAAAUUGGGAAGUCAUAUGAAAUAAAGUUUAACAUUUCUUUCACAAACAAGUCCUUUGGGUGGAAUGGCCUCCCACUUUUUCUGAUGGCUAAGAUUGGGGCAAGGGGAAAUUCCAUAUGGAAAAAGAUUGAGCCGCUGGAGCAGGGUACACCUGAUGCUCAAUUUUAUAUUCCUAAGCCUGAAGACAAACAGUUCAUCGUUCCAAUUCGACCUGGUAAAAAAGGUGAGUCAGGUGAAGAGGACCUUUUCUUUGGUUUAUAUGAAAUUUGGGAUAAAAACUGGAAGGGAGGAUUGCGAAUUCAUUAUGCAACUGUUGAAGAAGUAAACGCAUCGAAUUAAGCUUUGUUUGUGCUUAGCAAUGUUGCCAAAUAAAUGGAGACUAGAAGACAAACAGAUAAACUAGCAUUUCCUGCACUGAUAAUGUUUGUUAUAUUGUGUGUUUUUUGCGA